CAGCUCAUGGUGUCACAAGGAGUCGGACAGGACUAAGGAACUGAAUAGCAACACCACUUGAAAGUCAACGAUGCCUGAUUCCGUCCGUAAAUAACUAUGUUCGAAGCAGUCUCCACAGGUCAUGUUUAGAUAUAAAAAUAAUUGGCGGAUUUGAGCAAAGCCCAGCCUGGGCACUUAAUACGUGUUUAAUUAUAAUCAUGAGGACAGGAGCUCGGGGCCGAGAGAGGAAUUUGGACUUGCAGGAGCGGCAUUCACAAAUGCAAGGAGCUUCGGGGGGAACAAGUUGUCUCAAGUAACAGUAAGAAGCCAUGAAGCAGCCGUUCUGUGGCUGGCGCUGCUGGCUGUCAGCAUCCCUGUGGUGCUUCUUUGGGAGCCUUCAGGGAAUGUUCGUCACCAGGAACUCGAGGCCCAACGUCGUCCUCUUCAUGGCGGAUGACCUUGGGGUGGGAGAUUUAUGCUGCUACGGGAAUAACUCAGUGAGCACGCCGAACAUCGACCGGCUGGCCAGCGAGGGCGUGAGGCUCACCCAGCACUUGGCGGCCGCCUCCAUGUGUACCCCGAGCAGGGCCGCCUUCCUGACCGGCCGCUACCCCGUCAGAUCAGGAAUGGCGUCCUCCUCCAACCUGAAUCGUGAUGUAGUCUGGCUCGGAGGGUCGGGCGGGCUGCCCCCCAACGAGACGACCUUUGCCAAGCUCCUGCAGCAUCGAGGUUACCAAACGGGACUCAUAGGAAAGUGGCACCAGGGUCUGAGCUGUGCGUCCCGCGACGACCACUGCCACCACCCGCUCAACCACGGCUUCGACUACUUCUACGGGAUGCCCUUCGAGCUCCUGAGCGACUGCCAGGCGUUCCGCACUCCAGAGCUGCACCGCUGGGUGAGGGUCCAGCUCUGGGUGUCCACGGUGGUGCUGGGCCUCAUCCCCCUGCUCCUGCUCGUCCCCACCUGCGCCCGCUGGUUCCUGGUCCCCUGGCCGGUGAUCCUGGCCUUCGCCCUGCUGGCCCUCCUCUUCUUCGUGUGCUGGUUCUCCAGCUACGGCUUUACCCGCCGCUGGAACUGCGUGCUCAUGCGGAACCACGAGAUCGUUCAGCAGCCGGUCAGACUGGAGAGGCUCGCCUCGCUCAUGCUCAAGGAGGCGCUGGCCUUCAUCGACAGGUAUAAGCGUGGACCAUUUCUGCUUUUCAUUUCCUUUCUGCAUGUCCACACGCCUCUGGUCACCAAGGAGAAAUUCGUCGGCCACAGUAAAUUCGGCUUGUAUGGAGACAACGUAGAAGAGAUGGAUUGGAUGGUGGGAAAGGUCCUGGAGGCCCUGGACCGGGAGCGCCUGGCCAACCACACGCUGGUCUACUUCACCUCGGACAACGGGGGCCGCCUGGAGGCGCAGGACCGCAGCGGGCAGCUGGGCGGCUGGAACGGGCGCUACAAAGGAGGCAGAGGCAUGGCUGGAUGGGAAGGAGGCAUCCGGGUGCCUGGAAUUUUCCGGUGGCCAGCAGUCCUGGAGGCGGGGAAGGUCAUUGACGAACCUACAAGCCUCAUGGACAUUUUCCCGACACUGUCUUAUAUUGGAGGAGGCAUUCCGCCACUGGGCAGAGUGAUUGACGGCCGAAACCUCAUGCCGCUCUUGGAAGGCAGGGUCUCCCGCUCGGAACACGAGUUCCUCUUCCACUACUGCGGGGUCUCCCUGCACACGGCCAGGUGGUAUCAGAAGGACUGUGCAACCGUGUGGAAGGUGCAUUUCGUGACGCCCAAGUUCUCCCCGGAGGGAGCGGGCGCCUGCUACGGGAGUGGAGUCUGUCCAUGUUCGGGCGACGUCACGUACCACGACCCUCCUCUGCUCUUCAACAUCUCGAGAGACCCUUCCGAGUCGAGACCUCUCAACCCCGACAACGAAGCCCUGUUUGACUCCGUGGUCAAGAAGGUCGAAGCGGCCGUAAGACAGCACCGUGGGACCCUCACGCCGGUCCCUCAGCAGCUCUCCGUGUUCAACGCCCUUUGGAAACCGUGGCUGCAGCCCUGCUGCGGGACCUUCCCCUUCUGUGGCUGCGACAGGGUGGAUGACAUCCUAUCCGCAGCGUGGUGAGCAGAGAGGGGCUGCUUCUUACCAACCAGCAACACGCUGUUAACCACAGAGCUCUCAGCUGCGUCAUGCAUUCCGCUGGGGAUCAAACAGGAUGCCCCUCUGUCAUUUCCUCUUUAAAAUCCUCAGAUUUCAGAUCUUUCCUCAAGUCAUCAUUUUACCUUUUUUAUGUAUGAUUGUGUCCUUGUUCAAGGACGAAGACAGAUCGAGAGGGCCUUCUGCAGAGUCACAAGAAUCUUGAUGAUACCUUCCACAAAAAAUGAUUAGAAGCAGCCCUUUUGACGUCACUUUCUUUACUUUCUCGGUGUUGUUAGAAAUGUCUACACGCAGACCCUAAACCCAGAGACACUGUUUUCACAUCCGAGCUUAGACGAAUUUGGCAAGCUUCUUGUUCUUGUUCUGCAUCAUGCAGACUAUGAAAAUUCUCAAAACAGGCAGAGAAGACACACAGCUACAGGAACGCUAUGAUACUGUGGAUAUGUGUUUUUAAAACACUUUGCGAAACUUAGAGGAGGCAAGUAGUCUCAGCUCCGUUUCCACACGAGGAAAGUGGUUUUCGUCAUAUUUAAGGAAUUGCACAAGAUUGUAUAAAUGUUAUGGGAAAAAGAGUAUUUAAGUUAUAUUUCUUUUCAAAACACACUGCAAAUAUCGUGGCAUCAGGUAGCAAAGUCUUGUCUGUUUUCCUUAGCUUUUCUUCAUCCUACUGGGAGAAUAGGGAAGUCCUUGGCUUUUAGGGCAUUGUUGCUGUUCAGUCACUCAGUCAUGUCUGACUCUUGGCGAUACCCAUGGACUAACACACACCCGCUUCCCUGUCCCUCACCAUCUCCCAGAACUUGCUUUAACUCAUGUCCAAAGAGCCCGUGAGGCUGUCUAACCAUCUCAUCUUCAGUGGCCUCCUUCUCCUCCUGCCCUCAAUCUUUCCCAGCAUCAGGGUCUUUUCCGGUGAGUUGCUCAUCUUCUAUGGCCUCCUUCUCCUCCUGCCCUCAAUCUUU